CGGCGAUCCUUUCAUUCGUCACUAUCGAUGUAAUGGAAGGUAGUAUGUCAGAAUAUCCUCUUCACCUUGAAGCCUUCAAACAAAUGAAUUACAUGAGCACGGCAGCAAAUAAUGUACAUCCCACAUCAAGACUCAGACUGUUCCUCCAAACUGCUUUCUACCUACAAUCGACUUUAUCAGACACAACGUUAAACACUCAGACGGGAAUACCGUGGCCAUCCAAUGACAGCGGCUAUUCAAAAGAGUUCACAGAGACGUCUAAUCUGAACUGUGCAAUUGAUGACCACGUGUUACAGCAUACCUAUGGUAUCACUCACCGGUUAGUAGUUGGGGUCCGCUCAAUAACGAUUCUGUUUUGGCACCGCCUCUACUACGAAAACCAAUCUCAAGCUUUACCUGCAGAGCUUGUGGGUGUCAUAAGUACAAUAAGGAAACAUGUGAGAGCUUGGGACGUGACAAUGGAACAGGAUCUCUUGUCAUUCGAUGAGAAAUCAGAAGGGGGCCUCAUGAAGCAAGUCAGGGAUUUACAUCUCUGCGCCUUUCACCAUGCGAUUCAGAUAUACCUUCUCACUCAUCUGCCCCAAACCUCUUGCGAGAGCAUUCUUCCAGCCAGUGAAGAUGUGCAAUUUCAUGUGGAUCAGGUAGCAGCCAGCUUGCUGCAGAUUGAGAAACUGAAGUACGAAAGUAGAUUAUUGUCGGGCCAACGAACUGCCUCAAUAAUGUGGCCUGGGUUCAUCGCGGCUUGCGAGUCAUCGCCGAACAGCCGAAAGAUUUGGUGUCGCUGGUGGAGUCACAUGCUGGAUUACAAUAUUGGAAACAUUGAGCUUCUCUGGCAAACCGUCCAAGAUAUUUGGCAUUUCAGUGAUGAAGUGGAAAGUACAAAGCGUAUUCCGCACAAUAUCCCAUUGUGGAGGGUAUUCCUUGCGCAGGCGGAAAGGACCAUAUUACCUCUGUGAAUGACAUGUCAGCUCGGAUCAUAUUUGUUAGGUACAGUAUGUACGGUCUCAUAGGAUCUCCCUUAUCUAUGUUACUUGAUAUCUGCCAACAUCCCUUCAAAAUAAUA